AAAUGGCGGAAUGUACUAUUUCUCGUUGCUCCCAUGAGCGACGUGUAUUUCGUAAAGAAUUGCAUAAAUGGAGCAAAGAAAUACUUUAUAUUCUUGGUUUAGAGCGCCUUGCUGAAGAGCUGAUGGGAGCACGGAAAUGGAAAAUUCUUGUGCAGCCAUUUACAGAUUUAGAAAGCAAAAAUCCUGUGGACUGGUAUCCAGAAGAAACGUGUUAUUUUUGUAGUGCUAAAAAACAGCCACCCUAUGACCCUGCCAGUGGUAUAAUCCCUACUGUUGAAGGUUAUAACUCAUUACGUAUUGAUACAGAUGAACAUUCAGCAUCAUCUGAUCAAGGUAAUUUAUCAGGUUCCUUUACCUCUUGCGCCUCAGCAUUGUCGCCUUGGCGUAUUGCUGCCUUAUCCUCUCAUGGUGUAUCAAGCUCACCGCCACUACCACCAUUGGAUCAGCCUUUAGAUUUGAGCAUUAGUUCAAUGAGACAGCUUUCUAAUCAGUCAGUGUUAUGCUCUUCUGGAAAAAUUCAGCAAUCCAGUCGCACCUUGAAUUGCACUGAUGAUGAUGAAACAUGCACAAAUUCUGUUUUAAAAGUACCUCAGAUUCCUUUAAAACCUGGGCAUCGUAGGAGAUUAGAUGCCAACUCUAAGCGUUCUUAUACAGAAGAAGAGCUUCAAGCUGCGCUAAGAGAUAUCCAGAGUGGAAAGUUAGGUACCAGAAGAGCUGCAGUUAUAUAUGGUAUUCCUCGCUCUACUUUGAGGAACAAAGUGUAUAAAUUAGCAAAUGAGUCUAAGAGUCGAGCACAUUGCAGAGCCACUCACUGUAGUGGUAUUUCUACAAAAAAUAAAGAUCAUAUUAAAAAUUUAAAAGCAAAUACAGAAUUAGAUGUACCAUCUUAUGACACAGUGACUAAACAAAAUAUUUCAUCUGCUAGUGAAUCACUUCGCCAGUUAUUAAAGUACACUAUAACUCAAAAAGUUCAAAGUGCUACAAAAAGUGUUGAUAAUAAGUUAAACAAUGAUAAAAGUGCUAAUUUCUCAAAUGAUUUGGACCUUGAUUCAAUGAAUGAACUUCAGAUGUUUGGUAGCUUAGAAUGCAGUCAAGCACUUGCACCAGUUCUUUCACAUGUAUUCUCUGAUAUACAACACCUAGCUCUAGUGAAAUCAAAGGAAAAUAUCCAUUCCACCAGCCAAUCACUAUCUGCCUUAAAAGAUGAUUUGAAGUUGCCUCUUUUGCCUGAUUUAAUUCGCCGUUUAGCAGAAGAGCGUAUGGAAUUAGAAAGAGAUGUGCAUAAAGAUUCUGAUGUCAAUGAUCAGGAUGGUUUAGCAGAAAUUAGUUCUGGUACUCCAUCAUCAAAUGUGAUACUGAAAGUUCCGUCCUUUAAGCCAGCUAAGUCUCCAACUGUGAGUAUAGAAGGUGAUGAUCCCUGUCUCCCUGUUUUAUCUUCCUCAUCUUCUCCUCCGCCAGGAACUUCUAGUCAUGUUGUCUCAGGGAACAAGGGAAUUGCUGUAUCACUCAAGGAGCUCAUUGCUAGGAGCAUUAGUCAAAAAGUAAGUUGCCACCUCAAAGAUAAAGCUUUUAAUGAAGAACAUACUGUAGAGUAUUCUUACGCCACUUCUAAUGUGGACAGCCCAGCUUGUAGUAUACCAUGGGUGGUAGAUGGUGCAUCAAAAGAUCUAAAAGAAGGUAAUUUGUCAAAUAUAAAUAAUUCUUCAAAUUCUUCAGAUAGCUCCAAAUCUGAAAAACGCACUCGCCCUAAAAGAGGUCGAUAUCGCAAUUAUGAUCGAGAUAAUUUAGCUCGUGCAGUGCGAGCGGUGCAAAAAGGAGAAAUGAGUGUACAUCGAGCUGGAACAUUUUAUGGUGUUCCUCACUCAACACUUGAGUAUAAAGUGAAAGAGCGUCAUUUAUUGCGACCUAGGAAGAGGGAUCUGUUAAAUAACUCAUUAGUAGCUGAUGCAGUUGAGCCAGUUUCCUCAUCAAAAGCAAAUCAUACUUUUUCCAUUGAGAGUAAUACAAGUGUUAAAAAUGUGAAAACUAAUCCAAAUCAAAUAGCUGCUGAGGCAUCAAAUGGUUUGCCAACCGAUAUAGAACAACCUCACCGUCCAACAAUGGGCUCAUACCCGUCCCCACUAUCAUUAUGGCAAAGUAUGCCAUUUUUGUCUUUAGAUUUCUCUCAGUUAAGUUCAAACAAUUUUUUUGCAUCACAAAUGAUGCGAAAACUUCAAGAAAAUGCAAGACUGCAUGAAGAAACUCAGAAAAAAAGAAAGAAUCAAGAUUUUGGAAUCUUAGAAAGUCUAAUUAAAUCAACUUUAGAAAGGUCUGUCUCACCUGAAAGUAAAUCAUCACUCAUUUUAUCAACUGACUCUGCAUUAUCUGAUUAUAAAGGUUCUGACAACAUGAGUGAAAAAUGAUUCAUUUAUUGAUAAAAUUCCUUGAUAGAGCUGUUGGGACAUGCAGUGCAUUUUAAGCACUCUAAACAGCUUGUUUUUGAAAUGUGUAAAGAAUAUAUUUCUCAUCUGUUUCCAGGGUGCCUUUUUUGUAGGCCAUUACGUCUCCUGGUCUGGGAUGUCCAAGCUAGUCUUUUAACUGCUGUGAUCUAAAAUGAAACUGGAUUGACUUCAUGAAGCCAUCUUCUAAGAAGAACGAACCAACUUAAAUAUAAAUAUAAAUGUAUUCAAAUGUUUAAAUAUAAUUUUCAAUGAAAUAUUAAACAAAUAAUGCAAUAUUGA